UACAGGAAAUCAAUCCACGAACUAGAAAUUACGUUAUUUACUUUGUUGCGGAUCGGUAUGCAAUGGGAACACCUUUCUAAAAAAGAUCAAGAACCAUAUAUAAUCAUACUAUAAAGUUGUUUUGAUGAAUCUAUUUCUGGUUCUAAGAUGUUUGAUGAGCUUGUUUUAAUGUAUAGGGAGAGAGUUGAUGAGACAGGGAAGAAGUUCAAGAGGGACAUCAAUGCAUCAGCUCAAUUGGGAAGGAGACAUGUGUUUGGAUCUCUUGGAACCCUAAACACCAUCAGUCCUUGUGCAGCAUGUAAGCUCUUACGACGUCGGUGUGCUCAAGAAUGCCCGUUUUCUCCCUAUUUCUCUCCCCACGAACCCCACAAGUUCGCCUGCGUUCACAAAGUUUUUGGUGCUAGCAAUGUUUCCAAGUUGCUCAUGGAGGUACCAGAGUGUCAAAGGGCAGAAGCAGCAAACAGUUUGGUUUAUGAAGCGAGUAUAAGACUAAGAGAUCCUGUUUACGGGUGUAUGGGCGCGAUUUCGGCUUUGCAGCAGCAAGUACAAUUUCUAGAAGCUGAAUUAAACCUAGUUAGGAGUCAGAUUUUGAGAUACAAAUUCAGGGACAACAACCAACAGGAUGAUCAUCACAUCCUUCCUUCUUCUCAUGAUCAUUUAGCUGUGCUUUCUACUGGGGCUGUCUCUAUCGCUGCACCACCACCACCACUGCCGCUACCACGAUCUUCAUCUUCUUCAACGUAUACCCUACAAACCACCACCACCACAGAUUAUAGUACCAUUACAAGUGACAACAUCUCCUACUUUGCUUGACUUUAAUUUAUAUCCUAAUUUUCUGAUACUUUUUGUUUGUUUGUUAUAUUAGAUUCAUGAAUUAAUGCUAUAAAGGCGUAGUUAAUUAAAUACUAUGGAUUAAUGGAUUUGAUAAAAUUAUGAUGAACACAUUUUAGUUAUCAUA